AUGGCGACCUCGGAAGGACUCUGGAGCGCGGUGGCGCCUUCAGCGUGUGAACAAGGUUUAACGGCGCCUUCGCAGAGGCUCUGGGGCAAGAUGGUGCCCUCAGCGAAUCAGAAUCAGAAAUCAGAAAAAGUUUUAUUGCCAGGUUCAUGGUGGUAUGUGUGUAUCCCUCUACGUACCGUCUCCUCUCGGACUCCUCACUCUCUGGAUUAUAACCACGGACUGCCUAUCGCCAGUCCAGGACUCUGUGGGCCGCGCUCUCGGAGCGCACCACCGGAUUAUCCCUGUGAAAGCAGCUUCUGCUUCCGGUCUUGGGGGAAGCUGCAGUACAGCUCUAAAAUCAGAAUGCUGUAUUUGGCGAUCAUCACGUUGUUGUUUCUUCGUGCAGUUUUCACCACUUCUUUACAGCAGAUUAACAAAACUGCUUCGACUGGUAAAACUGUUAUUUUACACUGCAAUCAAAAUCUGACUGGUGGAUUUAAAGAUGUUGGUUGGCGUAAAGAUGGGAAUCUUCUUUUUAACUACAGCCCAGUACUAAACCAAACUGUAAUCAACUACACAUCAAACAGGAUGCAGGUUGACCCCCAAAAUGCAAGAAAACUACAGAUAUCUGAUGUACAGCUUUCAGAUGCAGGAUUAUACAAGUGCUAUCCACUAAAUCUGCAGUGGCGAUUGAGAAUUGAUGAGACUGAACUACAACAAGGCAGAAAAAGUUACAUAAUUUUCACAGUAGCUACAACAUCUGUUGUAGUGUGCCUCUUUAUCUUUUGUGCUGUGUGUCUUUUCAGGAAACAGAAAAAUCGAGAAACGGAAACUGGCAAAACGAUUCCAAAGAUCUAUAAAGAUAAUGUCUGUCACAGUGAGACGAUAACUGAAUGUGUCUACACAAUGACAAGCCCAAAUGACUUCUCUAUUGGCUAUUUAUAAAUCCACAACAACAUUUGUUUAUACUUCACAGAGUCACCAUCACAGAUACGUUUCUAUAAUUCAGUUAAAUUGGCAGGCUAUAUGAACUGUCUCUACUACUUAGUGUACAUUUUAUCUAGAUUUUAAUAAAUUUGUCAGUUCUUUACAGGGGAUUGUGGUGUUAUACAGAAUCUAUGUUUUAGUUUAUGUUUAGGUUUAUAUUGGCUGCUUAAAUGUAGGUCAUUCAAAUGCUUACUAAAAAGGAGUGAUAAAAAAGAAUAAAUGUCUUGGUCAUAUAUAUUAUAGAUUAAUUGAAAUUAAUUGGAAAUUAACAUUACAUUCCUCAAUUAAAUUAUUAGAAAACGACAGUGUUUUCAGUAGAAAAAUGUACAGGAUUCCACAUUCUCAUUCUUGUUUUGCCCUGUCCAUUUUGUUUGCUCAUUGCUUUAAUAAGUGCAGCUUUACCAGAAAAAUUGGUGUUAGACUACAUUUUCUCCAGUGGUUUCCAUAUACCCACCAAAACCUGAUGGCUUGGGGAUUUUCCUGAAAGAAAAUAGUGCAGGCAGGGUGGAGUGGGUGGAGAAGAGUGGCAGGAGUGAUUAGUGAUAACAGGGGAUCUGCAAGAGUGAAAGGCAAAGUUUAUAGAAUGGUGGUGAGACCCCCCAUGUUGGAUGGUUUAGAAACAAAAAAGAGGAUACAAACAUUUUACAAUUUAAUAAAUCAAGUUAGACUUUUUGAAGGUUAAAAAUCUGUAACAUUUAAUUGGUCAUUGUACUAAUAAUUUAUUGUCUGUACAUCUCUAUCACUCUCAGUAAUGACUGAACACAGAAUAGUUUUUUUUUUGUUCAGUUUUAAAUUAUCUUCAUGUUCAUUUUAUUUCUUUAAAAUUCAAACAACCGUCUAUUUUGUUAAAACAUUUGACAUAAUUAUACAGAAAAACAUUUAAAAAUCUUUAAAAAAAAAUUACUUUCAAAGUCUGACUUAUCCAUUGCUUUGCAUUACAUUGCAGAUUGUAUAUAUUGAAAUAUACAAAAAAUAUACUACACCAGAUAAACAGAGCUGCUUUAAAGGGUAAAAUUUUUUUAGUGCAAUGGAAAUCUGACUAGUAAAACUAAAAGACAAAUAAAGAUAGUUGGUGUAAAAAAUCUUUUAAUAUAUACAGAUCAGUUUUAACCAAAUUGAUGAAAGUUUAAAAAUUAAAAAACAAAAGGGUCUCUGCCCAUCUUAUGUUUCUCAAGCUCACAGAUACAGAGUAAGAGUUAUGUGUUCACAUGCGAGAAAACAAUGUGGUUUUGUGUGUUGCCCAGUGGAACAUCAGUGGAAAUGGUUUUUAGGUCAGGUUUUGAAAAGUGUGGUUUUCUGGGUUUUUUUUUUUUUUUUUUUUUUUUUAUAUAAUUCUUUAUACUUUGUAUGAGUACAGUUUAUUCAGAAUUAGAAAAUCCAACUAUAAAAUAUAAUUUACCUCUGAUAAAUGAGAAAUAAAAUUCUAUGUGCAUUUCUUAGUUUAAAAACAUGAGGAUUUCUACUAACACAGAGAUUUAUUUGAAUUAAAAAAACUGCAAUUUUGGUGGACUUAAUAAGUGAUAAAAAGCACCAUUAUUCUGGAUUAACUGUUUUGAGACUGAAUUAAAUUCUAAAUGACAGUUAUACAAGCACCUUCUCAAAUAGUACAUUAGCAAAACAAUUAAUUGAAAGACGUCAAGAUUUUGUGUUUUUGUGUUUUAGUAGGUAAUUGUGAGAAUUAUUAUAUAUUUUUGUUUGACAUUGAUGGAUAAUGUUUUGCUCUCUGCUGCAUUGUUCAGAAGCAAUUCCACCUACUGAUCAUUUUGUACAUUUUUUAUC